AUGUCACGCUUGGUUCACGUAUUACGCGCCGGCAAGCUGGACUACCAAAGCUCUUUACAGCUGCAGAAAACAGUGUCCGCGAGCAUCCUGAACGACCCCACUGGUCCACUGCGGAACGUUCUGAUCCUAACGGAGCACGACCCGGUUUAUACGGUUGGGAUUCGAACGAAAGAUUACGGUGCUCAGGAGGAGCAAAGGCUUCGUGCUCUGGGAGCGCAAUUCCAUCGAACCAAUCGCGGCGGACUGAUUACCUUUCAUGGUCCGGGUCAGCUGGUUGCCUACCCGGUGCUGAAUCUCAGAAAUUUUCAACCCAGCGUCCGGUGGUAUGUAUGUCACAUCGAGAAGACCGCUAUCGAGUUGUGCCGACGUUAUGGGAUUCAGGCUGGAACUACUGAAGAUACCGGCGUGUGGGUCCAGGAUCGGAAAAUCUGCGCUAUUGGAAUUCACGCGAGUAGAUAUGUAACGACGCAUGGGCUGGCACUGAACUGCCAGAAUGAUCUCAGCUGGUUCGAACAUAUUGUUCCGUGUGGGAUCGCCGGAAAAGGUGUUACAUCAUUGAGCGUGGAAAGCGGUCGGCAGCUUGGAGUGGAUGUGGUGACACCUGAGUUUCUGGACGCCUUUCGGGUGACGCUGGACUGUGACUUGCAAGAGCUGAACGAUGAUCAGCGGGAGGUGCUGCUGGGGAAAGGAGGAUAAACUACGGAGGGCGGUUCUUUUGUUAACUAUCUCCAAACUAAUAUGCUUCAAGAAUUUCACAGCCCAGUAAGCUAAUAGUUUAUAAGCCGAGUGUCGUAAUAAAAAUAUUUGCAGAACAGAAACAGGAAAAGCAUCUUUUCGUG